AUGUCUCCGUUUCAGAGCCUUCGCGGAGCGCUGGCAGCAAGACCAGCAUCAGCGUCAUCCACGUACACACUGCUCGUCCAGCCCGGCACGUACGCCGCCGAGUGCCCUCUUGACUUGACCAACGUGACAAUCAUUGGCGUUGCUUUGUCCCCUACCAUUGUCUGCGCCGUGCCGUCGCAAUGGUCAAUCGCAGGCGUCGUCGACAUCGAGAACGUAGCAUUUGCCGGCGUCCGGCUCGUCGCAACCAUGGCGCAACUCUCGCUAACCCGUGUCUCCAUCCGCGGUAUCAAAGCCAGCUGCGGUGGCUGCGUCGCGGCGGUGCACAGCUACUUGUGGGUCGAUCGCGUCAACUGCGUAGGCGGCCGAGCCAACAAUAAAGGGGGCGCCAUCUAUCUCGAAAACACAGCGGUGGCGGGUCGUGCGCUCAACGUGUCGCACAACCAUGCGCGUCAAGGCGGCGGCGUGUACAUUGGCCAGCGAUCGCACUGGCAGGUGUCGGGAGCCGACAUAUCAAGCAACGUCGCGCAAGCCGACGGCGGUGGCAUCUGCACCAACGAUGCCGCUCACGUCGACAUCCACUCGACGCGUUUCUACAACAACGCAGCGGACCGCGAUGGCGGCGCGAUUUUGCUAGCAACGUGA